AUGACAAACCCUGAAAAUAUUAUGAUUCAGGAUACAAGUCGAAGGCCUCGUCAUCGCAACAGGAGAGGAAGAGGAAGAGGAGGAUCUGGCACAGCGGUUAACGUCCCGCGCAACUCUGAAAUCUCAUCCGCAUUGCAACCGCCCACCAAUAGACAAGUUUUAGACUCUAGCAUAGAAGUAGGUCCAAACCUUACUAGAGAAAAUCAAGGAAGACGUAGUCAAAGACGGAUCAGCGUCUUAGAAACAACAGCGCUACAGGGUUCUGAUCUUAAUGUCACCCAAGACUCUCAAAGGCGAGGAAGAGACUCUACCACUCCUUUCUUCUCAUCUCCGAUACAUAGAGGAAUCCGAUCUGGAAGGGGAUUAGCAAGGAAUAAUGAUCGUAGAGGCUCACGCAUAGUCACCUAUGGACGUCGAGAAUUUGGAAGCCAACUGACUUCAAAUGUAACCUCUAACGACAAUGUAAGCUCUUUAGCUGGGGAUGCAGUGAACUUCGUACCGGGUCAAUCUAUUACGCAACGAUCAAGGCAACGACCCCAGGCUACAACACGAAAAUUAAAAGAAAGAUCACAAGCACCUGACAUUGCCAGUAGAACCCAUGAAGAUAUUCAGAACGGGCAGUAUGAAUGCGUUAUUUGUACAAAUGAGGUCUCAUCUGAAUCAAAAAUAUGGGCUUGCGAGCUAUGUUGGUCGGUUCUACAUCUAUCAUGUGUAAAACGUUGGUCCCAGAACGAAGCCUCAACAUACCAUCAGCAAGAAAUUUCGAACUUGGAAAGACAUACUCUGAGGCAGUGGCGAUGUCCAGGCUGUAAUCUUCCAAAAAUUACUGUGCCGAAGUACUAUACCUGUUGGUGUUCAAAAGAAAUUGAGCCACAUCGUAUUCCUGGAUUACCCCCUCAUUCAUGUGGACAAACUUGUGCAAAGCCAAGAGCUACUAACUGUCCCCAUCCAUGUGGGUCAGUCUGCCACGCAGGACCUUGUCUGCCGUGUGAACAGAUGGGUCCAUCUCUGUCAUGUUUCUGCGGACGAGAAGAAAAAGCUACUAGGUGCACUGAGACAAAUUAUGAAGAUGGAUGGAGCUGCGAGCAGAUAUGUGGUGAUUUACUGGCUUGUGGCAAACAUAGGUGCCAGAGGCAAUGCCAUAAAGGUCUCUGCGGGAGUUGCGAACUUCCUAUUGAAUCAAGCUGCUAUUGCGGUAGACUCACGAAAAUGCUGCCAUGUUGUGAGCUUGAAGUUAUUCGAGAAAGUACACUCGGCGAAAUCAUGUGGCAAGGUUCCUUUGACUGUGGUAGUGUGUGUGGACGAGUUUUUGAUUGUGGUAAUCCACGACAUUCUUGUGAAAAAAAAUGCCACACGCAAGAUAGUCGGCCAGGAAAAUGUCCUUUUUCUCCCGAUAUAAUCAGUCAUUGCCCAUGCGGAAAGACUCCACUCUCCGAAAUUCGAGGAGGUCUUCGCCUUGACUGCUCAGCUCCAAUAACCUGUUGUCAAGAGAUUUGCCAAAAGUCCUUAGCUUGUGGUCAUCUAUGCAAACGAAAAUGUCACAUCGGUACCUGUAUGCCCUGUCAAGAAGCUACUACUAUCACCUGCCGUUGUGGUCGGAUAACUAUGCCCACACUAUGUUAUCAAGACCUUGUAGAGUCACCACAGUGCUUCAAAAUAUGCCGUUCGAAUUUAAAUUGCGGUCGUCAUGAAUGUGGUGAGCACUGCUGUCCUGGUGAACGAAAGGCCAUUAUGCGACAGGCAUCAAAAAGAAAACACCGUCCUUUGAAUGUGGAGAUAGCAAAUACUAGUGACUUUGAGUCAGAACACAUCUGUAUCAAGGUCUGUAAUCGCCCUUUGAAAUGCGGUAACCAUAAUUGCACUUCACUUUGUCAUAAAGGACCAUGUCCGAGCUGUUUAGAUGCUAUUUUUGAGGAGAUUAGUUGCGCCUGUGGUCGAACUGUUCUCCAACCUCCUCAACCAUGCGGAACUAAGUCUCCCGAGUGUCAUUUCGAUUGCCUAUAUCAACCGACAUGUGGCCAUCCCCCGGUAAAGCAUCAGUGUCACCAAGAUACAGAAGCUUGUCCCAAGUGCCCAUUCUUAAUGGAGAAACUCUGUCUGUGCGGCAAGAAGACCCUAAAGAACCAACCAUGCUGGUUUAGUGAAACAAGAUGUGGCCAAAUCUGCGGAAAGAAGUUAAAGUGUGGCAUACACACCUGUAAAAAGACAUGUCACAGAGACGGACAGUGUGAGGACUUUAACACACCGUGCAAUCAGCCUUGUGAUUGGAAAAGAUCUGUCUGUGAGCAUGUAUGUGCUGCUCCAUGCCAUGCUCCAUAUCCGUGCAAAGAGAAUACUCCAUGUCAAAUGAAGAUGGAGAUCACUUGUGCCUGUCGAAAUCUAAAGCAAUUAUUAAGAUGUUUAGCGACCAAGUCGUUGCCUGGCAACUCUCUGAAAAAACUUACUUGCAACGAUGACUGCUUAAAGACUCAACGCAAUGCCAAAUUAGCUGAUGCCCUCGAUAUAGAACUUGCAACUCAUAGUGAUAGUCAUAUUCCUUAUUCAACUAAGACACUUGAAUUUUUGGUGAAAGACCAGGGUUUUACACAACAGUGUGAGCUUCAAAUGCGAAAUUUUGCUUGUAAAAAGGGCGAGAAGCAGAUGCGCUUCAAACCUAUGGCGUCAAGUCGACGUGCAUUUCUUCAUUCGCUCGCACAGGAUUUCGGUCUUCACAGUGAAAGUCAAGAUGCUGAGCCUCAUAGGCACGUAAUGAUCUUUAAAACCGCUCGUUUCGUCUCGGCACCUGUCAAAACUUUGAGCCAAUGCAUACCGUUUAAAGUUUCUGGGAAACUCAUUGCAAAGACACCAGCCACAGCCCUAACACCACCUAUGACAAAGACUGAGUCAUGGAAUGCCUAUCUGUUGUUGUCACCAAAGUUCGAUUUAACAAUCGAUGAACUCCAAAUAGCUCUCAAACCUACAUGCCUCAAAUUUGACUUUGACAUAGAAGCCGUCUUUCUACCGUCGGGAAACACGCUAAUUCGGGCCACCUCAUCAUUAGCCUCUGGAUACGAUCUAGCACGUAAACUUGAAUCUCACAAGUCUUCCUUAGCCAGUGUUGUACGCCGCCUAGGAUUUGCAACGACAAUGGUCUUGUGCUAUGUCGAUGAAUUUCUCAAUAUCUUACACCAGGGAGAUGAGAGCUCGACUGACCAGGAUGGAUGGAGUAAGGUAGUCCGAAAUGGUCCUGCCUCUCAACGAGAACAAAAAGUUAAUAUGUUGAAGUCAAGUGGAGCUACAGCCAUAGGCCGAUCUCAAAUAAAAAAAGCCAUUAUGAGCAAACUUAUAGAGGAGGCACCUGAUGAUUGGGAAACUGCAGCUGGGGAGGGUGGAGCUAGCUAG